AUGUUACCUGCUACGAUUUCGGCGGCGAUUUGCACUCUUCUAUGUAUGAUGUUGGUCUGCUUUCUAUUCAUGUACAAUUUGUUCACCGUUGUUGUGGCAAGCUUAUCGAUCCUCUCGAUUUGCAUAGGUGUUUUUGGCAUUCUCUCACUUUGGGGUAUUGAUCUGGAUCCAAUAUCAAUGGCAACAACUAUUAUGUCGAUCGGAUUCAGUGUUGAUUUUCCUGCUCAUAUCACCUUUCACUACUUCAGAGAAGGUCUUGAAGAUCCUCAAUCAAAGGCAGCCAGCCGCCUUGCCAAGUCGUUAUCGGCAAUCGGAUUUCCCCUUCUGCAAUGCGGAUUCUCAACGAUUAUCUUUGUACUUUGCCUGUUAUUCGUGAAAACCUACAUGAGCGAGGUAUUCGUGAAAACAAUGGUUCUUGUCGUGACACUGGGAUUAAUCCAUGGUUUGAUACUAGUUCCUGCUUUUCUUUGUGCAUUGACAUCCAUCUAUGACACAUUUUUCAAGAACAGUGUUUAG